GCCACCUGUUACCCUGAUAUGGUCUAUUCGAAUCAAAAACUGAUGUCGAUAAAACGGUUCCGCAUCGUGCCACACCGUUUUCAGUGUGAACACUUAAUACGAAUUAAGGUUUAAAUUCAAUUCGAAUUAAAACUAGUGUCAACAGAACUUUAUUUCAACAUUCAGCACAUCGGGAACCAUCAGACAUUUACAAUGUCAUCUUGUUUCUUUAUAGUGUUGAUGCCACCAAAGACACUGGCACACUAGGGAGGCUGGCAAACGACGCGUGGAAUGGUGCAGACAACUGCCUAAUGAAAAAGGUUUUAGCAGCAGACGGGAGUCCAGCCCUCUGUCUUUUUGCCAAACGUGAUAUAAACAUUGGCGAAGAACUACGCUAUGACUAUGGAGUAGAUGAUCUACCUUGGCGAUCUCAAAAGAAUGAUACAUCUCGUACAGGUAUUCAAACACCAUCUGACUACCCUGACCAACAUAUGAAACAAAAGAAUGAUAAAUCGGAGGGUAGGAACAUAGAAGCAACAACAACCGAGGACAAAACGGCGUCCAAGAAUCAAGCGACGACCGAAAACGGCUACAGGCCAGCCCUGAUGAAGUCGACAAGCGACCAAGUAGCCUCCAAAAUGGAGAAACAAUACCACAUUCAAGUACCAGAGAGUUCACGUUCAUCUGCUCUCACACAGGGACAUUGCCAAGUCAUAAAGAAAAAGGAACGUGAAUCGAAGACUACGACGGCGCAAGACUGCAUUGCUCAAACUACCCUGGUCCCCAUGGUGCCGAAAAGUGCAGUUGUUGUGCAACCUAGGAAAGGUAGUAAAAUGAAACCACGACCAACGCAUGAAUAUAGGGCUUCGAAGAGGCAGAGAAGAUCAAGCUCAGGCCAUGACGGGGCUUCAUUGCCAGAAACCCACAAUUGCCCUGCUCAGGUGCAGAGACACGUUACCCCAGUCUGCAAGAACAAGAAGGAGCCAUCAGAAACAACGAAUGAUCAGGUCCGCACUUCAAAGGUCACAAUUGCUGUAGAGAGUACAACAGCCAUGCAGCCAAAAAUAUGUAAAAAGGUCAGGCCACAAACCAACCGGAACAUUAUGGCUAUCGAAAGGCAAAGGACAGCUAUCGGAGCCAGCUCAGCACAGGGCACGGUUCCAUUGGGAGAAACCCAAAGUAUGCCUCCCACGGCACAGAGCCAAGUUACCCCGUUUGUUACAAUGCCUACAGGUCACAGUGAAACUACUCAGGUCCCCGUGGCGCCUCACACACCAGCUGUUGUGCAAAUUAAGAAACGUAAGAAAAUCAGACCACCACCCAACCAGACCAGUAUGGCUAUCGAAAGGCAAAAUACCUAUAUCGGAGCCAGCUCAGCACAAGGCACGGCUCCAUUGGGAGAAAACCAAAGAAUGCCUUCAGCGCAGAGCCAAGUUACCCCGUUUGUUACAAUGCACAGGGAUCAAAGUGAAAUUACUCAGGUCCCCGUGGCGUCACGCAAACCUGCUCUUGCGCAAGCUACGAAACGAACGAAUGUCAAAGUACCACCAUCCAAGAAUAAUGCAACUUUAAAAGAACAGCAGACCGAUGUUAGAUCCAGUUCAGCCCAAGGCGUGGCUCAAUUGCCUGAAUCGCCCAGUUUGUAUGACCAGGCACAAAUACGCGUUCCUUUGAUUCUCAAGAAAAGGGAAACUAUAUCGAAGUUCGCAGAGGCUACGGUCCCCAUGUCAUCAGAGGGAUCGGCAGUUGUGCAGACUCAGAAAGGUAGGAAAAUAGAAGCAACAACAACCCAGGACAAAACGGCGUCCGAAAAUCAAGCGAUGACCGAAAUCGACUACAGGCCAGCCCUGAUGAAGUCGACAAGCGACCAAGUAGCCUCCAAGUUGGAGAAACAACAUCUCAUUAAAGUACCAGAGAGUUCAUUUUCAUCUGCUCUCGCACAUGGACAUUGCCAAGUCUUAAAGAAAAAGGAACGUGUGCCGAAGACUUCCAGGACGCAUGACUAUAAUUCUCAGACUACCCUGGUCCCCAUGGUGCCGAAAAGUGCAGUAGAGGUGCAACCAAAGAAAAGUAGUGAAGUGAAGCCACCACCAACGCAUGACUAUAGGGCUUCAAAGAGGCAGAGAAGAUCAAGCUCAGACCAUGGCAGGGCUCCAUUGCCAGAAACCCCCAGUGGCCCUGCUCAGUCGCAGCGACACGUUACCCCAGUCUGCAAGAAAAAGAAGGAUCCAUCUGAAACGACAAAUGAUCAGGUUCGCAAUUCAAAGGUCACCAUGGCUAUGGAGAGUUCAACAGCCAUACAGCCCAAAAAAUGUAAAAAGGUCAGACCACCACCCAACCAGACCAGUAUGGCUAUCGAAAGGCAAAAGACCCAUAUCGGAGCCAGCUCAGCACAAGGCAUGGCUCAAUUGCAAGAAUCCCAAAGUAUGCCUCCCACGGCACAGAGCCAAGUAACCCCGUUCGUUACAAUGCCUACAGGUCACAGUGAAACUACUCAGGUCCCCGUUGCGUCUCACACACCAGCUGUUGUGCAAGCUAGGAAACGUAAAAAAGUCAGACAACCGCUCAGCCAGCACUGUAUGGCUAUCGAAAGGCAAAAGACCAAUAUCGAAGCCAGCUCAGCACAAGGCACGGUUCCAUUGCAAGAACCCCAAAGCAUGCGUUCCCUGGCACAGAGCCAAGUUACCCCAUUUGUUACAAUGCACACGGGUCACAGUGAAACUACUCAGGUCCCCGUGGCGUCUCACACACCAGCUGUUGUGCAAGCUAAGAAACGGAAAAAGGUCAGACCCAACCAGACCAGUAUGGCUAUCGAAAGGCAAAAGACCUAUAUCGGAGCCAGCUCAUCACAAGGCACGGUUCCAUUGCAAGAAUCCCAGAGUAUGCCACCCAUGGCAGAGAGCCAAGUUACCCAUUCUGUUACAAUGCACACGGGUCACAGUGAAACUACUCAGGUAUCUGUGGCGUCUUACACACCAGCUGUUCUGCAAGCUAAGAAACGAACGAAUGUCAAAGUACCACCAUCCCAGAAUAAUGCAACUUUAAAAGAACAACCGAUCAAUGUUAGAUCCAGUUCAGCCCAAGGCAUGGCUCAAUUGCCUGAAUCGCCCAGUUCGUGUGAGCAGGCACAGAUAUACGUUCCUCCAAUUCCCCCAAAAAAGGAAGCUAUGUCGAAAUGGGCAGAGGCUAAGCUUGGCAUGCCGUCGGAGGGAUUGGCAGUUCUGCAGCCGAAGAAAUGUAGAAAAAUAGAAGAAACAACAACCCAGGACAAAACAGCGUCCAAAAAUCAAAUGAUGACCGCAAUUGGCUACAAGCCAGCCCUGAUGAGGUCAACAAGCGACCAAAUAGCCUCCAAGUUGGAGAAACAACAUCGCAUUAAAGUACUAGAGAGUCCACGUUCAUCUGCUCUAGCACAUGGACAUUGCCAAGUCAUAAGGAAAAAGGAGCGUGUACCGAAGACUACGACGAUGCAGGACUAUGUUGCUCAAAAUAUCCUGGUCCCCACGGUGCCGAAAAGUACAGUAGAGGUGCAGCUUAAGAAAAGUAGUGAAGUGAAGCCACCACCAACGCAUGACUAUAGGGCUUCGAAGAGGCAGAGAAGAUCAAGCUCAGGCCAUGGCAGGGCUCCAUUGCCAGAAACCCCCAGUGGCCCUGCUCAGUCGCAGCGACACGUUACCCCAGUCUGA